AUGAGCGGAAACACUUCCUAUACUUUGCGCACGUCCGACGACUUGCUCAUUUGCAACGAGUGUGGCGCUCAGUAUGACGUGACUGCGGAUUCGGGCAAAGAUGAAUGCAAGAUAUGUGAUGAUCCAAGACAAUAUGUUCCUGCUGAAGGGCAGGUCUUUACAACUUUGGGAAAGCUGGAGGAGCAAGGCCAUAGGAAUGAAUGGUGGCAAGACAAGCAAAAUCCAAAGAUCUGGAGUGUGAAGACUUAUCCACCCUUCGCGAUCGGUGAACGCGCCGAACUGAUCCAGACUCCAGCUGGAAAUAUCCUCUGGGACCUAAUCACAUACCUUGAUCAAGGCACCAUAGACAAGAUCGUCUCUUUAGGUGGACUGGCGUGCAUCUGUCCGGUCUAUGUCGGCGAACCUGACAAGAUAUGGCUUGAGCGGGCAGACUCUCCUGGCGCGGGUAUUCGAUUUCUGGCGGAGACCUAUACGGACGUUUUGCCCGGAUCUGGCGCGACUGCGAUUCUGGCUGGAGGCCAUUUCCCUGGUAGCCUUCUGUUACAUUGGAAGAAGACUCUGUUUAUCGCGGACACGAUCUUUACGAGCCCGAGUGCUACAAAUCCUGUGCCGGGCAAAGAUGGAGUGUUCAGUUUCACGUUCUUCUGGAGCAUACCGAACCGCGUUCCUCUUCACCCGGACGACAUCGUCAAAAUCUGGCGUGCGGUCAAACCACUCGAGUUCAAUACCUGUAUCGGCGCGUUCAAGGGGCAAGAUGUGUACACACAGCCCAAUGAAGCAUCAAGAGGUACGGGCGGUGUGAAAGGGAGGCUCCUCGAGAGCUGUAAGAUCUACGUUCGUGCUAUGGGCUGGACGAGCCAUGUGCUGCUGGAGGAGACGUUGUGA